GAAAUCAAGAGUAAUCAUUUUCUGCACAAAGACUCUAAUUUAGAGAGGGAGUAUAUUACAUUACAAAUGACUCGAUCUACUUCCAUCUUUAUUCUUCGCCGGUAAAAAGCAAAACAGAAUGGUAGCGUUUGAAGAAUUACCGGAAGGGUGCAUUGCCGCCAUACUAUCUUGUACCACUCCAGCUGACGCCGGCAGAUUCUCCGUCGUUUCCAAGACAUUCCGUUGUGCCGCUGAUUCGGACGCCGUAUGGAAUCACUUUCUCCGUUAUGAUUCCCAAUUCAUCGACUUCAUCAUCUCACACUCUCCUCCUUCCAUUGCCAACACUCCAACCAAGAAGGCUCUCUUUCUCACUCUAUCUGACCGCCCUAUCAUCAUCGACAAUGCUCAAAAGAGCCUUCAAUUGGAUAGAAAGAGUGGGAAAAAGUGUUACAUGCUUGCUGCUAGAUCUCUCGCCAUUGCUUGGGGUGAUGAUGAUCGAUAUUGCAACUGGAUUGCUGUACCUGAUUCCAGGUUCCCCAAAGUUGCUAAGCUUCUUCAUGUGCGUUGGCUUGAAAUUCAUGGAAAGAUAAACACCAAUGCCUUGUCCCCAAAUACUCAGUAUGCGGCUUAUCUUGUGUUCAAGAUGAUUGCUGCAUUUGGAUUUGAGAAUCAUCCUCUGGACUUGUUAGUUCGUGUAGAAGGUAGUCAUAGAAGCACUAAAAUUGUAUGUUUGGAUACAACCUUGGUACGUAGGAACAAAGAACUAAUAUGUCUCCGUCUUUCUGGGGCUAGUAUGUCGCACAGCAAAGUAGUAGGACUACGACGUCCUAGUGUGAGACGUGAUGGGUGGUUGGAGAUUGAGAUGGGAGAGUUCUUUAAUUUAUGCCUCGGAGGUGUAGAAGUCCACAUUAGUGUUAUUGAGAUAGAUGGUGAUUUGCCGAAGGGAAAUUUCUUUCUUGAAGGAAUAGAAGUUAGACCUAAGGAAGACAAUUAAGCAACAUUCACUGAAUUAUGUAGGGGUCUUGCGUCUUGGAUGACAGAAUACUGCUUGAAGAUUUGAAGUCUCAACUUUUCAACAUAUUGUGAUGUAUAUUCAUGUUCCAAACGGUCUAUUUGUAAAUUAUAUUUCUUAUUAUAAUUAUAGUACGGUAGUUCAGUACAUACUGGGAUAGUUGUGUUUUGGAUGUUCAACUAUAUACUUGAUACAAUAUUUAUUUGCUGCCAUGUUUUAUUUA